UGGUAGUGAUGGCGGCGCUCAGUGAGACUUUCCUGUCACUGGAUACUACUACUCCCAGCCUUUCUCAGAGCCGGCGGAGCAACUCCCAGGUCUUUAGUUUACAAGCGGCAAUUUGACUUGCUCUGCUGCAUGUCUGCAGGGACUGAGGAAAGUGUGGAGACGCUCCGGGGAUUGAGCAAUUGCAGUUUGAAAAGAAAGAAAGCCAAACAAAUAAACAAAACCCACCCACCCUAACAAACAUGAGGCUGCUGGAGAGAAUGAGGAAAGAAUGGUUCAUGGUUGGAAUAGUACUGGCGAUCGCCGCAGCUAAGCUGGAGCCGUCCAUAGGGGUAAAUGGGGGACCACUGAAGCCAGAAAUAACUGUAUCCUACAUUGCUGUUGCAACAAUAUUCUUUAACAGUGGACUGUCAUUAAAAACGGAGGAGCUGACCAGUGCUUUGGUGCAUAUAAAACUGCAUCUGUUUAUUCAGAUCUUUACACUUGCAUUCUUCCCAGCAGCAAUAUGGCUUUUUCUUCAGCUCUUAUCAAUCACACCCAUCAAUGAAUGGCUUUUAAAAGGUUUACAGACAGUAGGUUGCAUGCCUCCUCCUGUGUCUUCGGCCGUGAUUUUAACCAAGGCAGUUGGUGGAAAUGAGGCAGCUGCAAUAUUUAAUUCAGCCUUUGGAAGUUUUUUGGGCAUCGUGGUAACACCCCUGCUACUGCUGCUUUUUCUUGGCUCAUCCUCUACUGUGCCUUUUACAUCAAUUUUUUCUCAGCUUUUUAUGACUGUUGUGGUUCCUCUCAUUAUUGGACAGAUUGUCCGGAGGUACAUCAAGGAUUGGCUGGAAAGAAAGAAGCCUCCUUUUGGCGCCGUCAGCAGCAGUGUGCUCCUCAUGAUCAUCUACACAACCUUCUGUGACACCUUCUCUAACCCAAACAUUGACCUGGACAAGUUCAGCCUUGUUGUCAUCCUGUUCAUAAUAUUUUCUAUUCAGCUGAGCUUUAUGCUUUUAACCUUCAUCUUUUCAACAAGGAAUAAUUCGGGCUUCACACCAGCAGACACAGUGGCUAUCAUUUUCUGUUCCACACACAAGUCCCUCACAUUGGGAAUUCCGAUGCUGAAGAUAGUGUUCGCAGGCCAUGAGCAUCUCUCUUUAAUAUCCGUGCCCUUGCUCAUCUACCACCCAGCUCAAAUCCUGCUGGGAAGUGUGUUGGUGCCAACAAUAAAGUCUUGGAUGGUGUCAAGGCAGAAGGGAGUGAAGUUGACAAGGCCAACAGUAUAACAAAGGGGGCGUGCUUUCUGAAGCAGUGUAUAUAUGUACAGGCGUGUACAUACAAGUGAUGCUGAAGACUCGUCCUUGUGAAUGUUGCUUCAAUGAAUAUUUUAUUUUUUUACACACAAAUAUGAUGUACCUGUUUAAGUGCCUUAAAACGUAUUUGACAAGAGCGUUAUUUCCAAAACAUACUUUAGUUAGUUGCUGCCAGGGGGUGGUACCAUAUUUUGCAAUUAAUUAUUUUUCUCUCCUAACGUAGGAAACAGAGUAAGUGACAACAAGCAAACGUGCUUUCUCUGC